AUGUUUUUCAAGCAACCCCUUACAGCACUCUUAUUCCUUUCCGCCACGGCUGUGGCUUGGGAUGCACCAGGCUACAGUGGUUUUACUCGUGUCUGGCAGGAUCCUUUCUCUGGCGCUGCCGGCACUCUGCCUGACACUAGCCGAUGGAACAUUAUAACGGGAUACCUCAACGUCAAUGCAGAACUCGAAGUCUACACAUCAUCCAGCCGCAACGUCCAACGAAGCGGCGGCGAUACACUCCAGCUUGUCCCAUGGCGCGAUGCUUCCGCUCUCAAGGGCUGGACUUCGGGACGUGUCGAGAGCAAAUAUGUCUUCACCCCCCAGGCAGGCAAGAUCACAAGAGCAGAGGCCAACCUGCGAUUCGGCUCGUGCUCUACCAACAAUAAACAAGGAAUCUGGCCUGCUUUCUGGAUGCUUGGAAACAUUCUCCGUAACGGCGGUAGCUGGCCAUCUUGUGGUGAGCUUGAUAUCAUGGAGACAGUUAACGGCCAGUUGACCGGAUACGGAACUGCGCACUGCGAUGUUUACCCUGGCGGCAUCUGCAACGAAGGUACCGGCAUUGGUGGCACGAUUGGUCUCCCGAACCAAGACUGGCAUACCUGGAGAAUUGAGUUCAACCGCGCCAAGAGCAGCUGGCGAGAUGAGACUAUCACCUGGUUCCUUGACGGACAGCAGUUCCAUCAGAUCUCGGGUGCAAGGAUUAACAAUGAGGGAGUCUGGAAUACCCUGUGCCAUAGUCCCAUGUAUUUCAUUCUCAACGUCGCUGUCGGUGGCACUUGGCCUGGGUACCCCAACGGUAACACGUGCGACGGCUAUGGUAGCAUGAUGGAAGUCGGCUAUGUUGCCCAUUACUCUAACUAA